CAGCUCUCUCUUUCACUCACUCACUCUCAUACAAACUGUUGUCUCAGCAUUUAGGUCUUGCUUUAUUAAGACCUUGUACCUGUAAAAUAGUGCUAUCUACUACUAUACAUAUCACAGCAUUUAUUGUUGCUACAACAUUUACAAACUUCAUCUUACUUGCUGUUAAACCAAAUUUCCAUAACCAAGUACUAAGGUACCCAUAUGAAUCUUCUAAAGCCAGAGCCAUGUUCAUCUGAAAAUUUGAACAUCUUAUUUUCAGAAAAUGAAGAUAAAAAACACCCACUUGAUCAAGCUCCUCCUCCUCUUUUACUAGAUCUAAGUCUCUCCAACAAGGACUCAUCUGGUGAUGAAUCAAAGCCAGAACUCAACCUCCUCAAUUGUUUCCACACAGAUUUAUCAGAAAAUUCCUCAGAAUCUAGUCAUGAAAAUGAACUGGAUCCUAGAGUUUUCUCAUGCAACUACUGCCAGAGAAAAUUUUAUAGCUCCCAGGCACUUGGGGGGCACCAGAAUGCACACAAACGUGAAAGAACAUUGGCUAGAAGAGGGUACAGAGCUGGUGCUGCAGCUUCACUGGAUUUUGGACAGAGGUACUACCCCAGCAUGGCUUCUCUGCCUUCGUUUGGCUUAUGUAACAAAUCACUUGGAAUUCAGGUGCAUUCUAUGAUCAACAAACCUUCUUACCAAACACCACUUUUUGGUUUUUUGCAUUCCCAUGGCCAAAAUGGGUGGCAGAGGCAGGGACUGCCUUUUGAUUCACAACCAGCAAUUGGGAAGCUAACAUCACCAAGGAAUUUUCAUGUGGGGGCAGAAUCUGAAUCACCCUUGCCUGGUGGCAAUCCAAAGUUUGGCAUGUUUUCUACAAGGAAGGUUACAGAGGGAUUUGGAGGUUACAGUUUGGGUAGCGGUAGUAGUAGCAGCAGCAGUAGCACUACGCAUUUGAAGUCUAAACAAGAGAAGUUACAGAAGCUUGAUUUGUCUCUCAAGCUCUAAGUGCAUGUUUGGAAACUCUAUUACCAUUGAUUCAGAUCUGCAGAGAAGCUUCUGUUAGUAGCUUCUAGAUGUCAGUACUGAUUAUAUUGAUCCGAACAUGUUAUAAGUAGUCCCCCUCCUACAUCCCAUACCCAAGUUUAUUCCUUUUGUUUCACAUUGGGCAAGAGCUCUCCAUGCUUUACCUAUUUUUUUUCUUUUGUCCUCAUGUAUCUCUUGUUCCAGAAGGCCUAAAAUCUAAAUGCAUUUUGGUUAUUUGACAGAAGUUGUGUUUUGCUGUUAUGUGCUUUUAUUUUUUCAUAAAUAGUGGUUCUUUCAUUAGAUUUAUUUCAAAGUUAGAAGAUUGAACUUCCAUCUAGCUUUAAAUUGUUUUGUAAUAGCACAAGUACUUCAAAA